UGCAUGUCAUGAGGUCUAAGGGAAACAAACUGACCCUCAGCCUUCUUCCAGGCAGCCAAAUUCUGAUGGGACCCUCAAAUAGCUCUGGCAAAGCGUUCUGUUUCUUUUGGACUCACUGAGUGCUUGUUUCUGCAAAGACGUCCAAUUACUUCUUCCUUUAUUUUGCUCCACAAGUUACCAGGAGAAGCAGCUUGAAAGCAAGCAUCACAGGCAGAAGCCCACCAGAAUGACUAGUAAUCACACAGACUGUCAUUACUGUCUGCAGUCUCUUCGGGGAAGGAAAUAUGCGCUAAGGGAAGAAAAUGCAUAUUGUGUUAGAUGUUAUGACAGCUUAUUUGCCAACUCCUGUGAAGAGUGCAAGCAACCUAUUGAGUGUGAUUCCAAGGACUUGGCCUACAAAGGCCGCCACUGGCACGAGGCGUGCUUCAAGUGUGCCAAAUGCAACCGCUCGCUGGUGGAGAAGCCGUUCGCGGCCAAGGACGAGCUCCUGCUGUGUACUGGAUGCUACUCGGAUGAGUACUCGUCUAAGUGUUUCCACUGCCAGAGGACUAUUAUGCCAGGUUCUCGCAAAAUGGAAUUUAAAGGAAGCUCCUGGCACGAAUCCUGUUUUGUUUGCCAGCAUUGCCGGCAACCAUUGGGAACAAAACCGUUGAUCACCAAGGACAAUGAGAAUUACUGCGUUCCUUGUUAUGAGAAGCAAUUUGCUCACCACUGCUACUCUUGCAAAAAGGUUAUAACUUCUGGAGGAGUGACCUACCAUGACCAGCCUUGGCAUAAAGAAUGCUUUUUGUGUGCUGGAUGUAAAGCUCAGCUGUCAGGACAAAGGUUUAUUUCCAAAGACGAGUAUCCAUACUGUGAAGAUUGUUUCGGCAAAUUACAUGCAAAGAAGUGUGCGGCUUGUAAGAAACCUAUUACAGCUCUCGGAGGAGCCAAAUUUGUCUCAUUUGAAGAGCGCCAGUGGCAUGAGGAAUGCUUUAACUGUGCAAAAUGCUCUGUCCCACUGGCAGACUUAGGAUUCCUCACCCAGGGGAAUGAUGUCAUUUGCCACAGAUGUGGCUCUGCUACAUAGGUCUAGGGAGAGCUAUACAGAUACUUUAUUCUCUCUCUAUAACCAUAUAAUUCAUUACUAUGCAGUAAGAAAAUCAGAAAAUAUACAUAAUGGUUAUUUAGUCGCUCAAGUAACUUUCCAACAGCAGUUUAAUUCUAUC